GAGAGGAUCGCGAUCGAUCGGCUGCUAGUCACCUGCACCUGCCUGCCUGCAAGUUGCUUGUGAUCGGGGAAAAGGGGGAAUCGUUCGACCGUAUACACAUAAUACCUCAACGACCAGCCGGUAGCUACCCAACGCUAAUACUAUCGUGUUCGACUUUCCCCUCUCUAAUCCCCUGCCGCUCAGCAGCUUGCGCUCUCCAACAUCUUCACGUUGAUCGCCUCGUCGGCCUUCAGAAGAAUCUGUCCGCCUUAAACACAAAACCAAGGACCACACUUCAACAUGGCCGGACGGUACACCAUGACCCGUUCGAGGAUCGGAUUGGCUACCGGUAUCGUUGCCUUGUCUGCAUAUGGCACCUACAGCUGCACCAAGGUUGUCGCCAACGAGUCUCCUAGUGGCGAGAAGCCUGAACAAGGACCGUCCCGGAUCAGAAGCGCUCCCAGGGAGACUACCAGUGUUGGGCCUUUCUCCGCAUGGGUUUGGGGAUCAAACAAAAACGACAACCUCCAGCCCCGAUCGUUCAACGCUCCUGUGCUCAAGGGUCCUCGAGUUACUGCCUACAUCCCAUCUACUCCGCUUCGAGACCUCGCACUGGCCGAAAAGUACGGCGCCGCGGUGGACGUGAGAGGAGAUGUGUGGAUUUGGGGUGCAGGCCACUUUGACGAUGGGGUUCCUUCCGACAAGGCAGCUCUCAGCUUGAGGGGAAAGAAUAUCGAAUCUCUCGCAGCUACCGAUUCGAAGCUAUACGCCCUGUCAAAACACUCGGGUCAAAUUUAUGGGGUAUCCUCUAAACGGUCCCGCCAACAAUUACAGCCCAGACAACCAGAACGCUACCCGUGGUGGAUGCUCGGUCUAGGUGCCUGGUUUCGGCAAGACCCUGGUGUCGACUACGUCCAACUGGUACCGGCUGGCGGACUGUCGAAAGGCGAAAAGUUCACGUCUCUGGUGUCCGGAUCGAGCCAUAUACUCGCCUUGACGAACAAAGGCAGGGCUUUCAGCAUGGCCACGAGUACCGAUGGCAACUCGCACAUGCAACUCGGACUAGGUAUCCGUCGCGACAUCCCAGUCAACGAAGGAAGAUCGCCAGAGGAUAUCCGUUGGACGGACACGCUGAAUCCGAUCAUGUCCCUCAACACUGUUGAGAUCGCACAGGUCGCCGCUGGCCUCAAGUCAUCCUAUUUCCGGAUGGCGGAUGGUCGCGUGCUUGGGAUGGGCGCGAACAACUUGGGUCAGCUAGGAAUUGGUGCUUUGGCAAGCGUAGAAGUGGUUCCCACGCCUAGCGAAAUUGUGUUGGCCCGGUCAUACCCGGGAGGCAUCACUGUGAAAUGCACAAAUAUCGCUGCAGGGGGAAAUAACGCGUUCUACACGGUCGAACGUUCGAACCUGGACGGAACGCAGACAUUCGUGGAUUUACUCGCAGUCGGUACCGGGAUUUCGGGCGGUCUGGGGAACGGCUUGUGGAGUAGUGCGUCGAGCAGCCCGGUUAAAGUGAAAAGUGUCAGCGGCCUACAGGAAUACUCAGAGGCCCUUCGAAGUUUCAUUCCGCUCGAAAUCAAAGCCGUCUCAGUCGGAUCUUCACCAACAGCACAUAUCUUCGCUACGCUGAACACCGUGACACAAUCAGAGCAAUCAGGCGUCCUGAGUAACAAAUAUGGGGACGAUGUGGUUGCGUGGGGCGCCAACGUUGACUACAACUUGGGAACCGGGAAGCGUUCCAACGUUGCCGUCCCACAACAUCUGUCUCCGCUCGCGGGCAAGAUUGACGCAGAAUCACGGGAGGCGUCGAUGACCGCUGGUACACUUACUCCAAUGCCGCAUUCUCGGUUGCAAUUACACACCGGUCAAGGCGAUGCAUAUGAUCUCGACGGUAGAUUACUGAAGAGGAACGUCAAAGCUGCUCAGGUUAUGUAUGCUGGGUACAAUGCAAGCGCUUCGUAUUGGCGCGCUAUUUAA